AUGACCCACAAACCCCCUCCCGAAACCCUCUACGCGCGGCGCAAAACCCGCACCACCACCCCCGCUAACACGGCCUCCACCUCCACCUCCUCUUCCACCACCUCCUCCGCCUCGACGAGCCCCCUUUCCUCCCCCGACACGGCAAGCCUCACGAAUGCCAGCAGCAUUCACCCAAACACAACUCCCACCACCACCACCACCACCACUACCACCUCCACCACGAAACCCCGCCGUCGCGGCCGCUCCCUCCGCACAAACCUUCUCCUCCGUCCGCACCCCACAUCCCCGAUUCCAUCGCCUCCCUCCCCGAUAACUAUCCCUUCCAGCGCCAUACACGAUGAUGAUGAUGGCGACGACAACGACGGUAGCGAGAGCGGAAGUGUGGUGGUGGUGAAUGGGGGUGGGGCUGGGGGUGGGGGUAGACGAGGUCGGAGCGGCAGCUUCAUUCUCCUCCUCCGCCAGCAGGAAAUCGAGUCUGCGGCUGACACUGCUUACUACGGGUUUGUUGUGCUUGGGGCUACGUGGAUUGUCUUUGUCGUGGGUAUGGGUAGUGUAUUGGGGGUUUGGGAGUGGGCUUGGGAUGUUCCGGAUGUAGGUACCUGUUUUGUCGAUUCGGUACGGGGAAGAGGGGGGGCGUGAAGUGAACGGAAAGGUUGGAAAGGGUUGUUGGGCUAACCGUUUUUUCUUCUUCUCUAGUCGCCGUUUCCGAGAAUUGUGAACGAUGCUAGUGUCGCCAAGGAUGCCGCCAUCCCUGGGUAUUAUCCUGCGUUGGUGAUACUUACUUGCGUUAUGGCGUGGGUGUGGGUCGUCGUUGCGUGGAUGGGGAUGAAGUAUUUCAAGCAUGCGAAGAUUCAGGGAGGUGGUGAUGAUGGGUGAUUGAUUGAUGGAGUUGGGGGUGUAAUAUGCGAAAAA